AUGGAUAACACUUCCGGCUCUAAUGUCGAUUCACCAAUCGCAGUCCGAAGUAAUCGAGGUUGUUGGACUUGUAGAAUUCGGAAAAAGAAAUGUGAUGAAAUACAACCCGGUUGUUCGAGAUGUAAGGAUGUUAAUGUAGAAUGUCACUAUGGCCCCAAACCAAAAUGGAUCGAUGAUCCAAAGUUUGCAAAAGAAGAGUUGGAGAAAAUUAAAGCUAUUGUUGCUGCGUCUGCAAGUAAAAAGAGAGCCGCUUUUCGUGCGAGGAAAAACACGGGUUCUAUAUCCUCGGUGCCCAAAUCGCCACAAUCACCUAAUAUUAGUACUACUACGACGAAAAUCGCUAAGAAAGGAGACAAUUUACCAAGUAUCGACAAUGUUGUUUCAAUAUCUACACCACCUAUUGAAAUGGACAAUAAUAAACCCAUUGAACCCAGGUCUCCGUUAUUCCCAAAAUGGAUCGAAGACCAAGAAGCAAGUUUGAUGAUGCAUUACCUUGAUCAUGUCUUUUUCAUCCAAUUCCGGUUUCACACCCCAUCAUUAUCAUCGGGAAGAGGAUGGCUAUUGUCAUUGUUAACAAAAACAAAACCUCUUUAUCAUGCAGCUCUAAGUCUGAGUGCUUUCCAUCGUCAAUCUCUCCUUUUGGAACAAGAGAGUGGUCAAGCGGAAAUAGAUUAUCUGCAUGAGCUACAACAUCAUUAUGAUCUGGCACUGAAAGGAUUGCAAGAUUUCAUCCAAACAAAUAAUAAAAAUGCAUCUGAGCAAGGGGCUUUUGAUGGAAAUAUCCAAAUUCUAGCUUGUAUGAUCCAAUUAAUAUCCUUCGAGCUUUUCAACGGUGGUGUAAGCAAUUGGCAAGUCCAUCUCAGAGCAGCAUCAGAACUCAUAUUAGUUCUUCACGAAGUUUCAAAUGGUAGUAUACCAGGUCCAGAAACACUCUUGACUUCAUCUCAAUGUUUCAAUAUUCCAGGAGCAGGCUCGCCGGAAUCAAUUCUGAGUGAAAGUUUGGUUUCGAGGGAUAGUGCUGCGUUGGAUUUCUUUACGGGGGCGAUUAUUUGGAUGGAUGCGCUAGCCUGCGUGUCCACCGGAUCCCAUCCUUGGCUUUCCGAAUUCCACAAUCGACUACUCUCCGCCAAAAAACCCGGCUCCUCCAAAUCCGACCACAAAAUUCAACUAGCCUCCAUCAUGGGAUGCGAAAACUGGGUUAUGAUAAUGAUUAGCGAGAUCGCCUGGCUAGGAACCUGGAGACGAAAACACGAAUCUGAUUCUACCAUAGAUUUUAAACAACAAUUAAUCUUCACAGAACAGAAUAUUCGAGGCCGUCUUGAAUCUAAAAAUUCAGAGACACUAGACAAACUCCACGCAUUGAGGUCAAUUCAUCGAGGCACUCCACCAUUCUAUUCCACAGAACUGUACAAUAAACAUACCAUCCUCCUGAUAACCCACAUUUUUGCCUGCGCAUCUCUCAUCUAUCUCCAAAUGGUCAUUACGGAUGACUUACUUCCAGAAGAUGUCGAUAUGAUGCUCCACAACACUAUAAACGCCAUGCGCAUGAUCCCCAAUCCUCAAAUGUUUAGAGGAUUAGUGUGGCCACUGAGUGUGGCGGGUUGUUUGGCAAGCUCAAAACAAGAUCAGGAAUUUUUUAGGGAAACGUCGAGAGGUGCAGUUACGGACUCAAGAGAUUUUGGAAACUCGAGUAGUGCGUUUGGAAUUUUGGAAAAGAGUUGGGAGUUGCAGAGGAGGGAGGGGAGAUUGAUUGAUUGUACGGCGACGAUUAAGGAGAUGGGGAGUUGUAUACUUUUGGUUUGA